GAGCGACGGCGGUCGUGGGAAACCGUUGGGUGGUGAUGAACGAGAGUGGACGCAUGCUGGAGAGAAGGAGCGGCAAGGUGGCGCUGUUCAAGUCAAUGGCAGCCGCCGUGGACUGGGCGAACGGCCUGACCCUCGACAGGGAGAUCACCAGCGGGUCGUUCCAGGUCGCGGAGGUGGUGCCCGACAUGCGCAAGGCCUUCGAAAAGGAGGUCUUGUUCGAGAUCACCGGCGGGGGCACCGUGAGCGAGGAGGAGGAGGAGGAGAAGCAGGACCCGCAGUGGACUCGCUACCGGCGGCAGCAGGCGGCGGCUCGCAAGGGGGCGAGCGGCGGGGGCGGCGACCGACACAGGAGGGGAGCGUGGACGGCCGCUGCCCAAAGGCGGGACGAGGACGAGGCCCGGGCGAUCGUUGCGGCGACGGCCAACAGGCUGAGAGAGGUCCAGGAGGAGGCCGACAUGCACCGGCAGAAGGCAGCGUCUCUCGAGCGCGCCCUGGAAGCCGUGCUGAAGGAGUGCGACGACCUCGUCAAGGCCGCCGAGGCCGGGGGGGCAAGGGGCUUGGCGGAGGUUUCGGCGACAGGGGAGGAGGAGGAGGACGAGGAGGAGGAGGAGGGGUGUCCGGUGUCCACCGCUGCUGCCGCCGCCGCUGCUGCUGCGCCUUCGAUGUUGCUCGGGGUUGACAGUCCGGGCGCCGAUUCUGAUGCUUCCCCGCCCCUGUUGUUGCUGGGCGAGGGCGACCCAUCCCAGCAAGCAACGGGGGAAGCCGAACCCUCUCUGCUGAAUUUCGACGGUAACGACGGCGAAGAAGAGGCACACCCCACGAGCCCAUCGCCGUCGGCUGGAACAAGCGCACCGGCUUGCGGCGAACCGGAACCUGCAGGAGGGACGGAAGGAGCCGAAUCUAGCGGUUCGGAGGAAGGGUCGUUCUGUGGAGAAGACGACGAGGCGUUGGAUGAGGAAGCGCAGCUCGAUUCGUCCUCUGAGCAAAGCGCUGCUGAAGCUUCGAUGCUACUCGGGGUCGAUGACGAUGCUGCUGAUGGUGAUUCUGGUAACCGCGAUGCGGCUUCCGCUCCUUCCUUGUUGCUGGGAGCUGACGGUCCCGAUGCUGCCGGCAGCAGCGAAGCUUCUGCUGGUGCGCCUUCGUUGUUGCUGGGAGUUGACGACCCCGAUGCUGCUGAAGCCUCUGCUUCGGCUCCUUCGUUGUUGGUGGGGGUUGAUGACCGGUCCCGCCAGCAGUCAUCGCCGCAGGGGGAAACAGGAGGAGCAGGGUCCUCCCUGCUUGAUUUCGGUGACGAGACCGGCGACCAACAUACCACUUCCGCGGCUGUUGCCAACGGCACCGGAGGUAACGAUGGUGCCGAGGACGGCGGGGAGGCGGUGGUGGUGCAGAGGCUCGCCACGUGGCUCUCGGGGCUGAAGAUCAGGGAGCCGGACGCCUCGCGGUACGCCGGCAGACUUGUCGCUGACGGUUUCGACAGCGAAGAGGCGUUGCGCGGCGUCCGUGAGGAAGAGCUCUUGCAGUACGGCAUGAAGAAGGGCCACGCCAGGCUCGUCGUCAGGCUCCUCGAGCUGUGAUGCCGGCAGCGUGUGAGCUGCCGUCGUCACCCUCUUUAGGUGCAACCCGGAAAAGGACCGUGCGCUUUGGCCCUCGCAUUCUUCCGUUUGACCCUUGCAGCCCCUGUGGACAGGCUGGGACGGAGUACGUUGGGUGUUCAACGACCGAAGUCGAUCGAUUUGCUGUCCGUUGAGGGGUUUGCGGGUACGCUUCGCUUUCCUUGUGUGCUACUGCUGUACCCAUGCCUGUGCAUCCCCAAGGCGGACUAGCGGCGGCGUCACCAGCUGUUGCUGCCGCCCGCGGGCGUCACGUUAGGUCGAUAAUUUCCAGAUUUGUACCCUCUUCAGGCGAAUUUGUACUCGUAUAUCUUUUUUUUUUUCAGUUUGCGGACACCAUUUGUUCCGCGUAUGGAAGGUGCAACUGUGCGAUUUGUACAUUCUUUGACUUCGCAAGCCUGUUGAGGCGGAAUCGUCAAGCGCUUGGAUCCCCUGGCAACGUAGCUCGGAUUUGCUCAGAUCGGGGGGAGGGCGCAGUGGUUGGUGAUGCAGCGGCAUGUUGCGGAUAGACGUGGAAGUCGUGCCGGUUGGCCCGGAACACGACAAUUGCGGAAUGUUUAUUUGGAAGCGGUCGAACCGCCGGCUCAUCGAACACAUGUUCUUGGGGGGAAGGUUUGUGGGGCUUGCAAGGAAUGCUCAUGCGGGGCGAUAGUUGAAAUGAAUUAAUAUUCCCUGCGUUGAUAUUCUCUUAUUAAUAGUAAAGUGCUCCCUCGGAGUACUGCAAGUGUGCACGAGGAUCAGUAUGUGGGAGUUCACAAGGUGUCUCGUUUGUAUGUGUUUUAAGCGCUUGACUGCCGACAAACGUCCUUUUGUGUUUUGAACGUCUUUUGUGGUUUGGGUGAAAGUUGUUGUGUGCGGCAGUUUUCUUGGUCGUGCUGGAGCGGUGUCAUAUGUGUCUGUCCCAUGUAGUCUGGCGCCAGUCGACACACCUUUUGGUGUACGGUAUUUCACGUGUUUCAUGUGUAUCAGCCGGGGGCGCACAAGAAGGUCUCCCAGGAGUUUUUUAUAUAUAUAUAUUUUUUUUGCAGGCCCCACUUUUUCUCAUUCGCGGUGCCUGUCGUGGUGGUUAUCGCGAGAAGGGACCAGCCGUCCCUUUCCCUCGUGACCGCGAACUCGAGUGUAUAGUACCCUUGCAGAAUAGUCGUUUUCGACCGCAAACUGCAGAGUUUUUUUUUUUUUCACUCCAUCCGCGGCGAGAGAAUUCAUUUCCAACCUGCGUCAGCAGGUUUUGGAGGUUGCCCACAGGGGCGGCCGCGUGUACUUCACCCCAUGUAUGUUACCCCGUCAGUUGUCCCCAGGC